AUGAAUUAUCACGUAGUGCAACACUGUUAACCUUAACCAAUCAUUGCACAUCCAUAGUAUUUGAAUUUGAUGACAUAAACGGAAAACCAGUUUAUAAACGAAAACCAAACUUGCAUACAAUAGUAGUAACAAUGCUUACAAAUCAACAAAUACGAAAUAGUUGGAAUCAAUCUAUUUUGUGUAGCUCUUGAGAGUAAUUAAUAAUUUCUGAAUAUACCGAAUUGUUUGGAAGUUCAACAGUUUUUAUACACACAACAUAGUUCCAUAUCCUCAAUUGAUGUCUCAUUGCAUAUGUUUACAUUGCUUAAGUUCUCUUUACUUUUGUAAUUAAUGUGAAUUAAUUAUAGUAUUCUUCGAAGAAUUUCUUAGAUUUUUCAACAGAUGAUAGGUUUAUGUUGAAUAACAUGGAUUUUCAAAAUCAUUCAAAUUCACGUCCAAAGUUUCAACCGAUACGUGUGAAAGAAUUAGAACAUUUUUGUGAGAGUGAUGACGAUGAAAGUGAGGAUAAGACGCAGGAUUCUAAUACCGAUUCAGAUUCUGAUGAGCCACAGCCUAUACCGCAAGAUGAUUGCACUGAAAAUGAAUCGGAUAAGUCGUUACCUUUGCAUAAUAUAAAAAAGAAGAGUGACUUAAAAAUUAGUGGAGUUUUGCAUACAAUUAUUUCUUCAAAGCCUGAAGAACCUAUGUUAAUUAAUACUAUUGAAAAUGUACCACAAUCUGGAUCUCAUAAUUUACACAAUACAAACAUUAAAGUGGAAAGAUUAGAAUCGAAGGCAUUGAUAAACGAAGAAAAUGUACAUCAUGAGAAUGUAUGUUCUAAUGAUAAAUCAAAGAGCUUAGAUACAGGAACGUUAGUAGGUUCUAUUGAUCAUCAUUGGGCAUUACAAACUCCUUUGAAACAUGCGCUAAUUGGUGCUGUACAUCCAGAUCCAUGUGUUUCUCGACGAAAUAUUAUUCAAACACCACAAAAUAAAUUAUCCAACCCAUCUAACAAUCAGGGAUUAACUCCAGCUACAAUUUCAUGUCAUCGUUCUCAUAAUAAUGUAAUACAAACACCGUUACAAAAUAAAAGUAACAAUUUGAGAGACUUAAUGCAUACUCCGAAAAAUUCGGUUUAUUUUACACCAAAUAUGACCAAUCACGAUACUCCAAGGUAUUUAAAUACAGGAAGUAAAGUAAGAAAACCUGUAUCAGAUACAGGAGGUUUCACACAAAAUGAUACUUCAAGUAGACGCUUGCUACAAGAAUCUCAACCGCUAAAAAUAAAUGAAAUAACACCCAGGGUUCAAAAUAAAUUAUGUAACAAUACUUUGUGCGAUAAACUAAGUAUGCAAAAACCGAUAUUUGAAACAUCGAAAGAAGUUGUACAUUUGAAAUCAGAUUUUAACGAAGAAUCAAAAGAAAAUGAAUAUCCAAAUGCAAAAAAUGUAGCAGUUAAAGGAACAGGAGCACUGAAUAAGAUGUCGGUAACACAAAAUAAUGGAUACACUCAUUGUACCAAAGAUAGUAGUGAAGAAAACUUGAAAUCGGUAUGCGAUGAUUUUCAAAAUAAGAAUUUAACGUGUAAUAAUCAAAAUCGGCAGCAAGAGUUAAAAAAAUUUGUAGAUAAUGCGUCAAACGUACAAUUUUCAAUUCCAUCUAAUAUACCUAAAUCGAAACAAGGUAGAGCUCUUUUAAUAAAAGGAAAAGAAUAUUUAAUUUUGGGUACACUUGGUCAUGGUAUGAGUGGAAAAGUUUUGAGAGCACAAGAUUUAUCUUCGCUUGAAUUAUGUGCCAUUAAAUGUGUUAAUCUUACUUGUAUGGACAAGGACUCGGCACAGGGUUGUCUAGAAGAAAUUUCAAUGUUGCAUAAGUUACAGGCACCAUGUGUUGUUAAGAUGUUUGAUUAUGAAAUUAAGUAUCCCAUGGUUUACGUGGUGAUGGAAAUGGGAGAUACUGAUCUCAGUCGUCUUAUAAAAUCAAUGUUGCAAGAAAAACAGAUUCCCCUUACAAUGAUUCUGUACUAUUGGACAGAAAUGUUAACAGCCGUUAAACAUAUACACGAUAAUGGAGUAAUUCAUUCGGACUUGAAACCAGCAAAUUUUUUACUGGUGCGGGGAAGAUUGAAACUUAUAGAUUUUGGAAUUGCUUCUAGUAUGAAUGCAGAUAUGACAUCGGUUGUAAAAAACUGUCCGAUUGGAACUUUAAAUUACAUCAGCCCAGAAGCUUUGAUGGACACUGGUGGAAAUUCAGAUUCUCCUAGCCAGAAUGUUAAAUAUAAAAUCAGUUUUAAGUCGGACGUAUGGUCGUUAGGAUGUAUUUUGUAUAGUUUAGUUUAUGGUCAUACACCUUUUCAUCAUAUUCGUUCACAAUGGGCCAAAGUAAACGCUAUAACUAAUCCGAAACUAAACAUUCUUUUCCCUGCAACUUUGUCGUCAGGGGAAGGUAAUAAAGUUAUACCGUCGCCACCAAUUUUAAUCGAAGUUAUGCGUAAAUGUCUUCAGCAUGACCCUAAAGCACGGCCAACGGUAGCCGAGCUUUUACAAGUAGAAUAUGUGCCUACUAAACAAAAACGUACAUUGACAGCGGUUCCUGAAAUUCCAACAAAUAUUUUAGUGAAAAUAAAGCAUGCAUUGAGCGAAGACGAAUGGCGACAAUUAAUAUCGAUUUUGGAGAAUAAACGGUAUACAUAAUACUAUUCAGAUUAAGUACUUCCAGUUAUGUACAUAAAAUUUUUAUACAUAUGCGAGGCGCUUAUAUAAAUGUAUUAUAGCAACGUAUAGGAUUAUUUGAAUACUAAUUUAAAAUAUAAAAUUGUAUUAUGAUA